AUGCGCAUUUUGAUUUUUCAGACUCCCAAACUCACCUAUGUGCAGACUUUGGAAUAUUUGCUUCGUGAGACCGCUGAACAGAAAGUGGACUUGGCAGUUCUGCCGGAAUUCUCGCUGGAACAUCCAGCGCAAUGCACAAAUCAAUCCGAACUGUCCUACGACAACGUCUCAAUUAUGAUGUUGUCACGGUUGGCCAAGCAACGACAACUGUAUCUUGUGCUUGGGAGCGUUGAGGAGCGAUGUCCUUAUGGAGUCUUUGAUACCUGUGUGGUUUUCAAUCGUUCCGGAGAGAUGAUUUUGCAGUACCGGAAGAAUUCCGAGCAACGAGAAGAAGCGCUGAACUGCUUCCAAACAGAGUAUGGCACCGUUGGAGUUUUGUUGGGAGCUGAAGUGGAAGACGAAUCGCGUUGGUCGUCCUUGCUGUCCCAAUGUGUACUGAUCCUGAACCCCUGCAACGCACCGAUGGAGCUCGAUCAAGCUUUGGCCAAGGCACAUCCAGAGUUGCAAAUAGCGGCGUGGCACAAGGGUUUCAGAAGAAUGGAGGCAUUGGUUCAAUCCAGGUUGAGGAGUUUCGGAGCGACCGCAGAUGUUCCGCGCUUUUCGUUCGUUCGAGCAGAUGCUCCAUUGCGGCAGGGUGGUGCUGGCUUAUCUAUCUUAGUUGAGCCAAACCGCAGUGUUUUAGUGCCCACUUGGGGUCCCAGUUUCUUUGUCGUAGAGGUGGACCGAGAUAGACCCGCACGAAAGCUGCCCAAGUGGCGGACAUUGAGUAUCGAAGAGAUCAUCAAAGCUGCCUCGAAAUCUUCACACGACAGAGAACUCCUGAAGUGUGAUACCGUGGAAAUCGGUCCACGCUAUCGUGUUUGGACCUUAAGAACACCAACUUUGUCCAAGGCUGCUCUAACUCAAGCUGGUGAAUGGAGCACUCUGUGGGCAGAGCGAAACAAACAUGAAGAGUCUGUUCACACCCAAAAUUCUUUCCAUUCUCUCAGUGCAUUGGUGGGACUUGGCACCAAGGCAAGUUGUUUUUUUCUGCCCAUCACCACUAGAGACGGGCGACAUCUCUACGUCGUGGCGGAGAGGAGCGCCAGCAUCACCCUGUGGGAUCUCCGUCAUCGCCGCGAAUUUCAGAGUUUUUCCUUCGCCGGGUCCACGGGCUCGCGACUCAGCGAGUUGUGCCGCGAGUGCGUUGAAGAUGUUGAAGUGACAGCUGUGGGAGCUGGACCUUCCACUUCGCAAUUUGUCGUAGCUGGAGUCACAGAGACAGGGCUUUUGCUUCAACUCUUUGAAGAGAAGAAGUUACUUCAAGACUUUUCUUUUUCUUUUGAAGAUUUUCCAUGGGAUGAGUGGAAGCUGUUUCCGCCUUUGGAGCUGGAAGAGAAGAUACUUCACCAAGAAGAGGACGACAAGAGUGACAAGAGCCACACGGUGAAAAUCCGCGGGAUUUUUUGGUCCAGUCCUCUACAGGCCGUCGCGAUCGCAGAUUCGGAAGACCCGGAGAAGCCGGAAGUGGCCUUGCUGUUGGACCUUGAUGGAUCAUCUGUCGGAUCUGUGCAGAUCUUGGACAUCUACUGUGAUGGCCCUCCGAAACUUGAUGCCAUCGAGGAAAUGACAGAGACACAAGACUUGUCUGGCUUGUCUGCAUCAAUCCCCAGUGCAGCCAGUGCAGCAGACGAACUUCAAACAGAGUCUUCGUUUUCAGAGAAAGAGGAGCGCGACAAGCUGGUGAUGGUCAAGGCCUUUGAAAGGCAACGAUUUCCUGAGUCAAAGUAUCCCCAGUCAGGACUGGUUUGUUUAUGGAAGAGUGAUCGGCUUUGUAUCGUGACAUAUUCUGAUUGGAAGGUCCAUGACCAAGUCUUAGUAGAUGAUCCGGGAACAGCAAAGGAUCGCUUGGACAUGCCGCUCUGUGCUUCAAUUUUGCCAGGGGACGGAGCAUGUAGCGUGUUGGCCUCGUAUGCGUCCAUGAUCAUCCGUUGGUGGCGAGUUUCUUUGAAGUCAUGCUUUCAGCAAGCAUGUGUUGUUCUCAGUUCCCCUGUGACAAACUUUGGUUUGCUGUAUUGCUAUGGUGAAGCUCCUCCAGAGGACUACCAGGAGUAUCGACGUAUUUCGCAGAGUUCUUUGGACAUGUCAAAGGCGGCGAGACAGUCCCUGAACUUCACCAGCUUCACGACCUCAUCACAACGGGUUUCCACCCUUGGCGGCAUCGGCGGCACCUCCCAAAAGUUGUCCAGUCAGAGACGUCCCAGUCGCUCCUCAGGUAGCGAUCCAAAAGUAACGCUUUCAUUGGACAACGGCUUGGUUGAAAGUAGUGCCACUAUUCUGAUUUCUGCCAUUGACAGAUCUGGCGAACUGACAAUUUUUCUGGGACAGGGAGCGAAUUUGAAGAAAAUCUACACGAUUUAUUCGGACCUUUCCACAAGCCCAUCCACAACGGUGGACUGCAUUUGGAUGAUGGAAACACACGUCGCCCUUUUGCAGCGAAAUGGGGAUGUGCGUCACAUCGAGUUCGACAUCAAUGGAGAGCUCAUGCGACUUGCAGAUCUCUUUGGAGACGAAGGAAGCGAGGGAAAGAACACUGAGAUUCAGUGA